AGUGGCGUCUUUGCUAACAUGAAUACUUUAGUAGGAAACUUAAUUUUGGAUAAAAGAAAAAGAAGCAAGUGAACUAUAAAGGCAGCAUAGACCAGAUAACUCACUCACUCAGAAUUAAAAAAAAAAAAAGCCUAACUCAAAACCUUUGAUUUACUCUAGUAAUUAAUUUUCCGAACUCGAAUCACCAUCCUUGGUCUGAGUCCUAACUCGUAACUCGACUCAACCAUGGACGAAGAAGCCCCACCAUCUCUACCAGACCUUAUACUCUCCAUGGAGGAAGCUAUCCUCGCAGCCAAACAACUCCCCACCACCGCUGACCCCACCCACCUUCUCCAAAUAUACUCCUCCUUCCACCAAUCUCAUAAACACCUUUCCACCUUCCUCUCUAAACCCCAAUUCCCCCAACCCCUAUUCGCCACCGCCGACGCCGUCGUCAAUGGCAAUGAGCCGAUGCAAGUGGGUGAUGACGACUACGACGAUGUCGAACAAGAUAAUUACAGAGGCACCGUGGACAGUGUGGAGGAGAAGAUGAGGGACUGCUUCAUUAAGAAUAAGCGUCCCAAGCGGCCGCUUUCGCCUUCGGCGGUGGCCAUGGCGGAGGAGAGAAGGUUGAAUGAUGAUGGGUUUCAUGGGGUCAUUGAGGGUUUUGAUCCUUAUGCCACGAGGUUGAGAGCUCUGAACCUUGUGUAUCAAUUUCAUGGAUGAGAGAGGGAACAGACAUAGAACUCAGCCCCUAGUCACUUCUUAUAUUCAUUGUGUGUUUAUGGAAAAGAAAUUUGUAGAUGAAAAAAAAGAAAAAGAAAUAUUGUGAUUCAGAAGAGCUGAACAGAAAUGUACACUACGUUACAAUGAGAAACCUGUUUUCCUACUUUCCUAAUCCUGGGAGAGUUUUUGAGUUAAAUCUUUGAAUGGCAAUUAUUAUUUUCUUGCA